CAAAUUCACAAUUCAAUUCAAUAUUUUAACAGGUACUAGAGAGAGAAAAACAGCAUCUUAAACAUAAUAGAAAAAGGUAGUGGAGAGAGCUUUGAGGAGAGAGAAAGAAAAAAAAAAAAAAAAGCAGAAGAUGAUGAUGAUAAUGAAGAAGAAGAUAACAGCGAUAUGGCAAUAGCAACACCGCCGCCGCCGCCACUUCCGUCAGUUACAUCUGAAACAAAAAGUCACUAUCCGUUAAUUAGUUUCUCAUUAUUAUCAUCACCGCCGCCGCCGCCACCACCAUCGCCGCCGCCGUCGGUAGUUUCUGAACCGGCGAAAAUUCUAUGUCCCAAGAUUUCCACAACCAUCAAUCCAUCUAUAAUAAUUUCUCGAACAAUGAUUUCGAGAGGUCCCAAGUACAAGACCAUCAUCAGAUCCGACGAGACAAACAUAUUCGUAGUCUCCAAGGAUUCGAUUCAAGCCCAUCGACAAUUGUCGGAAUAGACGAGGAUGUGGUUCACUCUUACGAAUCCGCCGGUAUGCUCUCCGAAAUGUUCAAUUUCCAACAAUCGGCGAAUUCGGGUCCAACCGCCAUGGAAUUACUCGAGAGCCAGAUUUCUCAGAAUUACGGCCGGCAACCGGUCAGGCCAACUCCAUCCGCCGGAGAUUGGUAUAAUACCAAUACAAGACAAGAUUCCUCAGCCGCCAUGCAACUUUUUCUCAUGAACCCUAAUCCUAAUAAUCCUAAUCCUAAUCUCAGAUCUCAACUUUCCUGGCUACCGGACCCCACAACCGCCGCUACCUCAGGAGAAAACAGAGGAAAUACUAUUGUCGAAGGUCAAGGACUCUCCCUUUCUCUCUCCUCUUCUCUCGCCGCCGCAGAAGAAUUAAGGAUGAGGGAGGGUAAUUUGGUCUUUUAUAAUCAAGGAGUCGGUUCGUCUCAUCCUAUGCGACUCGGGUUUUCAGGAUCCACUACCGGUGCUGGUGGUGGUUCGAUGGGAAUGGUUAACAUGUUGAGAAAUUCAAAGUACUCCAAACCAGCACAAGAACUUCUAGAAGAAUUUUGUUGCGUUGGGAGGGGUCAAUUCAAGAAGAACCAAUUUGGUAAAAUCGUAAACAACUCAAACCCGAAUCAAGAAUCGGUUGGUGUCGUUGGUUCGGGUUCGACUUCGAAAGAUCUGGCGCCUCUAUCGGCUGCAGAUAGAAUUGAGCAUCAAAGAAGAAAGGUCAAAUUGUUGUCCAUGCUUGAUGAGGUGGAUAGGCGUUACAAUCAUUACUGUGAGCAGAUGCAGAUGGUGGUGAACACAUUCGACAUGGCGAUGGGUUUCGGUGCGGCCGUGCCCUACACUGCCCUAGCUCAAAAGGCGAUGUCGAGACACUUUAGGUGUUUAAAGGACGCGAUAACCGUCCAAUUAAAGCAUAGUUACGAGAUUCUUGGUGAAAAAGAUGCGGGUACUUCGGGUAUUACCAAAGGGGAAACCCCGAGGUUAAAAUUGUUGGAACAAAGCCUUAGACAACAAAGGGCAUUUCAUCAAAUGGGCAUGAUGGAACAAGAAGCUUGGCGACCUCAAAGAGGGUUGCCUGAAAGAUCAGUCAAUAUUCUAAGGGCUUGGCUCUUCGAACACUUCCUUCACCCGUAUCCAAGCGAUGCUGAUAAACAUCUAUUGGCUCGACAGACCGGUCUUUCCAGAAACCAGGUCUCAAACUGGUUCAUUAAUGCAAGGGUCAGGUUGUGGAAACCUAUGGUAGAAGACAUGUAUCAACAAGAGGCUAAAGAAGAAGACUAUGGUGAUGAGAGAGAAACUAACCCUAGCCCGUCUUCUUCUUCUGCUCCACCACCACCACUCACUAAUUCUGUUACACCUGCCAAUAUAAUAAACAGAAGAUUCGAAAUCAAUGCACUUGAAAAUGACCCUUCUCUAAUAGCAAUCAAUAGACAAUUCGUCUCGGAAAACCAAGCAAACCACCCAUCAAUCUCCGCCUCCUCCGUCUCAAUUGACUAUUCCGCCACCGCCCCAAUCGGCAGCAAUGAUCAUCAUAUGGGUUCGACACUAAUAAGGUUCGGGACUGGCGACGUUUCUCUUACACUAGGGCUUCGUCAUGCUGGAAAUGUACCCGAUAAAAACCCUUUCUCCGUAAGAGAUUUUGGCGCUUGUUGAAGAACGAGUCUGCUUUUCUUCUUAAUUCUUCUUCGAAUAUAGAAUUUGAAUACGUUUAUUAUUAUUAUGAGGGGAGGCUUGGAGAAAUUAAAAUAGAGUAAUAUUUUACAUAAGCUAUAGUUUAAUUGUUAUUUAGUAGCAUGGAAUGGAGUAUUGUUAUAAUUGUAUAGAACAUAAUAAUUAAUUUAGUCACCUGAACUCAUAUUUGUUAAGGCCUUUUUUUGUUGGAUAAUAUAAAUUGAUUGUUGUGAGAA